GAUCUUCGCACUCCUUGCAGACCGCUGCGCCCGCAAUUCAGUCUGCUGGGUAGCUGGCGCCUCAACCUACACACUGCAGCCCGGAUCAGCUUUCCGGCGAGCGUGACCCUUUGCCACAUCCUUCGUCGCUCAGUCAACACCAUGAGCCUGUCCCUGCUCAAGUCCUCGGCUCCAGCUGUGGCCGCGCCCCGCCGCUCCCGGGCGGCCACCGUGGCGCCCCUGUGCUCCUCGGCGCACGGGUGCCACCAGCCCUUCCGCUCCUCGGCCGCCGCCCGCCGCCCCGCCGCGGUGCGCGUGCAGGCCUCUGCCCAGCCGUCUGUGGAGCAGCGCUGGGACGCCCAGGUCGUCGAGGGCAAGGUCCGCAACGUGACCGGCUCCGACAUCAAGUCGUACCUGGCUGAUGGCUGGACCAUCCUGGACGUGCGCCCGCCCAGCGAGGCCAACAAGGCGCGCAUCGUGGGCGCGGUGGAGGUGCCUCUCUUCGUGGAGGACGAGGAGGUGAGCCUGGGCUCCUUCAUCAAGCGCGCCAGCGCCUUCGGCAUGGGCGGCUGGUGGCUGGGCGGCUCGCACAUGGUGCCCAACCCCAACUUCAUGGGCGAGGUGCAGGCUAAGAUCCCCAAGUCCGCCAAGGUGAUUGUGGGCUGCCAGAAGGGCCUGCGCUCGCUGGCGGGCUGCGAGCAGCUGAGCCUGGCAGGCUACGAGACCCUGGCCUGGGUCAACGGCGGAUUCGACAGCUGCCGGGCAGACGAGGUGCCCACGGUGGGCGACGUGGACAUCCGGUACGCGGGCAUUGGCGGCCUGAGCGAGGCCAUUGGCUGGACCGAGGUGCAGCAGGAGCAGAACAAGGGCCUGGGCAGUGUGGACGGCGCGCUCAAGGUGGUGGGCCUCAUCCUGGCGGCGGACCUGCUGCUGUUCGCGUCCGAGUACGUCCAGGCGUACCUGGAGGGCAAGGUGUCGCUGCCCAGCCUGUAAGUAGGACACGGAGGCCGCGGUGGAAGCUGGAAGCGGAUGCUGCCUUUGCUGCCAGGAAAUGGCUUGCGGACAUACGGACAUACGAGGGAAGUGGAUAUGGAGUGAUAACAUUUUUGGUGAAGGGUGCAUGGACGGGCGUGCACCCCCAUGCAUUGAGGGGCGGCUGCAUCUCUGCUUGGGGUCGUAGCGGAUCUGGCCUGCUGGUUGGAGGCACCGCAUUUGCUAACAGCAGUGACUUAGGACUUGAGAUACCUCGUGAAAAUGCUGAUGUAGGACUAGAUUAUUGAGUAUGAGCUAGUAUACAUUCAACGUUGGGCUUGGCGUGUGCGUGGGGUGAUCGUGCAAGGGAUGACGUGGGGUCGGAGCGUGCCGGUGCGGGCGGGCGUGGACCACACGAUAGGCAGGCUGAUUGUCCCUGCCCCAGAAACGGGGUCUUGUCCUCGAUUUCCAAGUAUGUAUUAUAACCAAUCCAUUUUGUCUAUAACGCAGUUGCUUGAACUGAUCCUUGCAGUUCGUCCAGUUCAACUCACAGAACUGACAAAUAGAGGAGCGGCCAGUUAAUGAAGCGAGUUCAAAAUGUGACAACAAGCUUUGUAAAACAGUCUAUUC